GUAGGGAAACACACUUCUCCUCACACAACAUAAAAUUUCGACCGUCCCUAACUCUCCCACACAAUAACACAGUAACACAUGAUCCGUCAGCCUACUGUAGGAACCCGAUCUCCACUUCUGCCGUCCGCGGGUGAGGCAGGUCAGAGUCCGAUCGCAGCGAUGACGUCACGACGGUGAUCGAUGUGGUCGCGGAAUACGGAAACGGGAGUCAGUGCCUGAAAGGUUUCCUAGGAAGAAGAUCGUUUGGACGAGACAAACAUGUGGCCAAAUCAAGGACCUCCAUAUGCAGGACCUCCAGCCGCUCAGCCACCUAAUCCUGCCUAUCCUUCAGCUCCAAACCCUGCAUAUCCAGGCAUGCCCAUCCCAUCCUGUCCACCCGGACCGAACCCUGUCUAUCCACCCGGCAUGAACCACCCCACAACCAUUCCUUACACCACACCAAAUCAGCAACCGUUUCCUCCGGCUAUGCCCGGACCGCACGCUCCGUAUCCUGGAGCAGGACAUCCGUGCCCCGUCCCGCAGUAUGGAGGUCACCCGGCUGGAAUGAAUGUACCUGGUCAUAAGAAACACAAAAAGAUGAAGAAGGUGAAGAAAGCUCAUAAAGCUCAUAAGGAACAUAAACAUAUGAAACAUGGCAAGCAUUCAUCAAGCAGCAGCAGUAGCAGCAGCAGUGAUUCUGACUGAAGAUCAGCACCUGAACCUUGUACAUGCACUAAUAAAACCUGUUUUUCACUUGUCAGUGGAAAAUACAUUGUCUAGUUUCACAUGUUUCAGGGCAAAUAAAGCCCAGCAGCAAUAAAAUGGAUAAUCAAAUGCAGUAACGUAUAGCACUUAAGUAUAUUUAUGUGUUUUUGUGUGUCUGAAUGCUUCUCUUAAUCAAUUACAUUUACAAGGAAAAAAUACGUACUAUAAUGACUAAAGCGUUUCUUCAUCUCUUAAUUUUGUUGAUUCAGACAAAAUGUAAUUAAAAAGCUAACUAAAAAGUAUGCUUUUGCCUGACUACAUUUAGUUUUUAACAAAGGAAGACAACAAACAACACCUGUAGUUUCAUGUUUUCUUGUAUAUUAUGCUGUACUUUUUGCCCCUAAGCAGUAGACAUGUAUUGAUUAACACGUUAAUCAGAAAAUCACGCAGCAGAAAUACAUCCUCUAAUUAAUGUAACCAUAAGUAAUAUGUAUAAGUGAAGUGAUGCAUUUCAGAUUUAAUCAAACUGUGAUUACACUUCAAUGCUGAGAUAUCAAACUCAGUUGUAUGGUUUCUUUUGGCUAAUAAUGCACUGGUGUUUUUUCAAAUAAUAAAACAUUAAGAAAAAAGCUAAAUUGA